AUGGCAGCAACACAGACUGUCUCAGAUGUCAAGGCUGCUAGUACCAGCCCGGUGAUAUUGACAAAGCGAUUGUUGAUCCGUUCCAAUACCCUUGCUGAUGCCCCUGACAUGGCUCGGCUAGGAAACAAUCUCAAGAUUGCGGCAAACCUGCGCAACACUUUCCCCUCGCCUUACCUACUCGAGCACGCAAAAGGCUGGCUUGAUAUCUGCGCAAAGGAACCAGGAAACCACUUCGCCAUUUGUGAAGCGGACGGCGGGGCCUACAUUGGCAGCAUUGGUAUCACUCGCGGCAAUGACGUGCAGAGUCGUACUUGUGAAAUUGGCUACUGGAUUGGGGAGGACUACUGGGGCCGCGGGUAUGCGACUGAGGCCCUGCUAGCGUUCAGCAAAUUUUGUUUUGAAAGCAAUCCAUCGGUUCUUAGGCUGGAAGCCAAUUUGUUCAGUUCCAAUAUGGCCAGUCGGAAGGUUCUCGAGAAGGCCGGCUGGACGUACGAGGGUACCAAGAGGCAGGCGAUCGAGAAGAAUGGACAGGUUCUUGACUUGGUAUUGUUUUCACUUCUUAGGCACGAGUGCAUUCGCUAG